AUGUCUCGAGAACGAUCGGCUCAUUUUCAUAAAGAUAAAAAUUCUUUACGUAAUCAAGCUCAAUAUCAUGCGUAUCUACAAAACGCUCCCAUAAAACACAUUCAACAUCCAGCCGAUCGUAGUUCAGUAAUUACAUAUCUUAAUAAAUUAUUGUCAUAUUUUUUAAUAUUAUUUCUAUCAAUACCAUGCAUUUUAUUGCUAAUUAUCUUUUUACCCAUAUCACUUUUAUUUCGAACAUUAUUUCGUCUUAUUUGCACGUAUCGAUGUACAAAUCGACCAUGUUCAUGUCAAUUUUUAUCAUCAAAUGAUUUAUUUUGGUUUUAUGAAACACAAAAUAAUCAACCGAAUGCAGCAGCCAUUUUUAUAUUAGAAGGUUCUAUCAAUGAAAAUUCGUUAAAAAAACUAUUAUUAAAUCGUUUAGUAACAGCAAAUAUUCGUCGUGGUAGUAAUCAUAAACUUUAUCCACGUUUUUCUCAAUUAGUUGUUUCAUCAUUUGCCGGUAUCAUGUGGAUAGAUAAUCCAAAAUUUUCUAUCAAUGAUCAUGUCAAAGAAAUUCCACGUAAUAUUCAAACAGAACUCGAUUUAGAAGUAUACAUGAAUCAUUUAAUGUCAAAUGAAUUAAGUCGUCAUAAACCACUAUGGGAAAUUCAUUAUAAAAAUCGUUUUAAUAAUAGUAAUGAUAGUAUUAUUAUAUUUCUUUAUCAUUCAUGUAUAUCAGAUGGUAUUUCUUUGAUACGUAUUUUAUUAAAAAAUGUCAUAGAUAAUCGUACAGCACAAUUGGAUAUUAAGCCACGUUAUGCUGGUAGACGUUUACCAUUCGAUUAUAUUAAAGUAUUUUUAUUUGGCUAUUUAAUUUUAUUUGAAAAAUUAUUUUCUAAUGAUUCUUAUAAUCUAUUAAAAGUACCAAUUCCAUGUGGACAAAAAAAUAUUUCAUGGUCAACACCAUUUUCAUUGUCAAGUGUUAAUCGAAUGAAAUUAGUCACACGUACAAAAAUGAAUGAUUUAUUAUCAACGUUAGUUAUAACAUGUGUCAAUUUGUACAUGGAACAUCAUGGCAUUCGUAAUUCUCCCGAUAUGAAUUGUAUUGUACCAUUUGAUUUAAGAAAAAAUAAACAACAUAUUAGAAUGGGAAAUUAUUUAGCGCAUGUUCGAGUGAAAAUACCGAUAAAUAUUGAAGGAAAUAUACCAAGGUUAUGGGCAUUUCACGAUUGUAUGAAAAAUGUUAAAUAUCAAUCAGAAUAUGCGACAAUGUUUUUGUUUACAAAAUUAACCUAUAUACUAUUUCCACUGUACAUAGCGAAUAAAAUAAUUGCUCGUGUAUACAAUAAUGUUAGUUUUUGGUUAACGACAAUUACUACUAGAAAUAGUACAGCAUUAGCAACAAUGUCUAUUUUAAAUAAAGAUAUACGAAGUUACAUGUGUCUUAGUCCGUCUGUUGGAGCGUGUACGAUUAGUUUUUGUGUUACGACAUACUCAGAUGAAAUACGCUUAGCUGUGAUUGCUGACUCAAAUAUUAUGCCUGAUGUCAAAUUUAUAACAAAAUGUUUUAUUGAACAAUUAGAAACAGUUCGAGAUUUAUUAGCUCAUCGUCGUAUACCUGGUGAAGUUCGUCGAAUAACACGACCACAGCGUAUUAUGCCUGCAAAGAAGAGUAUCAGUAGUAUUUCAGACACAUCCGAUGAUUUACCCAUAGAAGAGAUUCAAGCCAAAAUGACAUCUCUUCAGCAAGAACUAUUAUCACUAAAAAGUCAAUUUGAAAAUGUCGAUGGAAAUGAUCCAAAUUUCGAAACUCAACGAUUGAUCAUCACAGCGAAACUAGAAGAAUUAAGAAAAGAAUUUAGAGAAUUGUUAAUUAAAUUACAAGAAAGACAAUGUGAAUUGAGUGGCAUGAUACCAAGUGAUGAGGAAGAGGAAAUGGAUCAAGAUGUACGGGUUCGUCUACGAUCAGCGUCGAUUGCAUCACGUAUAUCAUUGAGAUCGAAUAAAGAACCGUUGACAACUAGAAUAUAUCAGUUAGAAAAAGAAGAGAGCAGUGGUCAUCAUCAUCGAAAUUCCUUUGCAUCAUCAAAAAUGAGUCUAGGAGCUCAAUCUGGAAGUCAAGUUGGUUUCCAUCGUGUUGACUGUGCGACUACUUGUGAAGAUUAUUAUGUCGAUCAACGACCAUCACUUAGCAAUACACAUCGUACAUCGUCGAGUAAAACAACAGUUCAUAUUGAAUUAUGGAAACCCGUGAAUACAAAAGAUAACCCUUAA